AUGUCCAACGUUCUCGCACCAGCAUCGAUCCCGAGCACUUCUUCUGCCUCCGUCGCACAGAGUAUUAACGCGACUAUCUCGACAACGACCGCGUCCGCAUUCAUUCCCUCUUCGCCACGCCAAAUACUUUCCCUCCCUCUCCGCGCUCUACAUCAUGCUGAAACAUUUGCAUUCAAUACCGUGCCACGACAUAUCGCUAAAUUAGUUGGAAUAGAGGAUCUCAGUUUGAAUAUUUGGCCCACUGCUGCGCCUGUGACCGGGCGAACCGUGCUUUCACAAGAAGCUAUGACUGCUGCGUCGCAUGCUGCUAGCAUCGCCACCGGCGCCCCUCAAGGAGCAGGGAGCGAGGGCUGGUAUAUGGGGGAGAUCAUGCAGACAAUGCGGAAAGUUGGUGGGUUUUUCGGGUAUUUGACCAGUGUGUGGUCUUUCGCGUGCUUGAUAGAGACCUCCCCGAACUAUUCAACAAUUCGAUAUGGAAAGCCGGCAAAGCCGAUGAUUUUUGAUUACGCCAGCGGUGGAGGCUCUCUCCAUUGGUUGGCAUCAAGUCUUUUGUCUUGGGAGUCAGAUGAACAAGCGUGCAGUGCUGUGGCUAUGGGACGAGGGACAAAUAUGCAAAAUAUUCCACAUGGAUCUUUUGCCCUUUUGUGGCCGGUUUUCAUCAUAUUAUGCGUGAGCCACUUUGUCGAAACGCUUUCCUGUGCAUUGCAAGGACGCCCUGUCAUGACGGAGACAGGAAUGUCGAUUUUCGAACACUCUCUUGCAUUCGCAGAAGCCGAAUCUAUGAUCAGCAAGUCUAUCGGACUAGGCAUGUUCGGUCUUCCCAAACAAAAUCCUCUUAACCAAAGUGCUACCGGCGAAAGUGUAACAUCGCCUCUUCAUCUUUUGACAAGGGCGCAGGUUCUAGAUCGAAUGAACGUCACGCCGGAACUAUUACUUAUCGUGUUGAUAUCAUGCUGCAAUAGCUUAUCAUCACACAUUCUCGAUGUAUUUGGCAAACAGAGUCGUUAUCGACUUUUCAACACCGCUUUAUGGGGUGCUUGCUUUAUGUUUGCUAUGUGUUGGGGACUGGAGGCUGGCCCCCCUGUCAGUAUUGACACAGGCGUUCUCAGAUUUCCAACAGUCUGCAUUGUCGGAUUCAUUCCCCAUUUGCUUGUUCUCUUUGGAAUUCUCACAUGCCUCGCAAUCUAUGGGUUGGCUUUGACCAUAACUGCUUUUGCACUGCCAGCCGAAAACGCCCAACAGCUCUCGAUUCGAGAACGGUUCAGGGAAGCACAUGAGAACAUGCAAGGAUCUAAUCAGAUCCGCAGCAUUCGCAUUAAUCAUCAUGAAGAUUUCUACACUACGCUUCUUCGUGUCGGCUAUGUCGCUCUGACGGCCGCCAGCGAAGCAGUAUUCUUGAACGAGGGCAAAGCAGUGAUCGCACGACAAAUGACGUGGCUUGAACAGGACCGCCUUGCUGAAAUUGAAGCCUCUCGACGUCGCAGUUCUUCCCACGGAAACUGGUCAGCUAACUCAGGGGGAGGCGCGCAAUUUGAUGCCGCCGGAUUUACUAGCUUUGAAUUACCAGAGAAUCCUCCAGCUUGGGAAAGUGGAUAUUGCCGAGAGAAGAAGAUUGAGAAACCCAAAAACGGCUCUCGAGCGAUGCGAUCUCAGGCUGAACUUGGCGGUGUUGGUGCUGUUCGAUCUUCUGUUCGCCUAUGGCAUGGCGUUUCCUUUUUCCGCGCCAUAUUCUGGCUUAUCGCUCGAUGGAUCGCAUACGGGUUCAGUCGGCUACUUGACCUUCUGGGAAUCAGCAUUCGACCGCAAUGGCUGAAACGACUAGCUGGGUUGCGCAAAAGCCGCGUGGCUAGCAAACCUCCUUCCCCGGGGUCCCUAGACUUUUGGAUCCUUACUGAUGAUGGAGAGCUUGAACUUCCCGAGAACCAUGAUUUUGACGUCGAACUAGAAAUGAGGAAGCGGGAAAGCUCUGGAAUAAAAAACUGGGGAUUGGAUGACGAAGGCCAGUUUGACGAUAAGCUAUACGGGUGGUGGAAAGUGGGCGGCUCUUGGGGUAACCAAGACCACACUCCUGAUUACAGACCACCCGUUGAUGACGAUAUGACAAGUGUUGUUUCAAUGUCUACUAAUGCGUCAGAAGGUGAAUGGGAAGAUUAUCAAUCGGAUGGUCGUCGAACGCCAACUCAAUCCAACCCCAACCCUGGAUUUUCUCGUGAGGGUACACCAUUCCAGGAUCCAUUUAUGGAUAUCAGCACAUUUGCUCGUCUUCUUGACCCCCGGGAUAGCGAAAGCAGAGAGGAAGCACGCAUUCUGGCAGCUCAUUUAAAACCUGGACAAGUAGGUAGAAUCAUGACUCGCAGCCAGUAUCAAAAACAGGUUGAGAGAGAUAGAUCUCGUGUUUUACUGUCUUCCCGCCUGCUCCCUGACGUUCCAGACGCAACUACCGAGAAGCGCAGGCCAAAUGCGGACGAGGAAACCGAGAUACUUGAACGGUUAAUCGUGACUCUUCGGUCGGAACUUCCUCCUAAUUCGGACGCGAGCAGUUGGGAAUCGGGGGCAACGGGUCUUGGUCCAAAUGGCCCUCCGUGUGUUGUCUGUCAGACAAAUCCUCGGUCUAUCAUUACCUGGCCUUGCCGCUGUCUUUGCAUUUGUGAGGAUUGCCGGGUGAGCCUUGCUAUGAACAACUUCGGUAGCUGUGUUACUUGUCGACAGGAGGUUGAUGGCUUUAUGAGGCUCUGGGUCCCUUGA